GCCAAGACCAGGGAUCAGACAUCCAACCUGACUGACUGGAUUCCUGGCUAUUUUACAGUGGACACUGCAGUGGUGACUGGAACAUCUGCAGCCGCCUGACUGACCGCUGCUUCUACUGAGGCUCUUCCCAGAGUGUUAAAAUCAGAGAUCAAGGAAAUGGCAACAAAGGCAAGGACUUUCUCAUCUGUGGCACCCCAAGUACAAACUCUCUUCCCAUGAAGGUCCAACAGGCACCCACAAUAUUUUUAGACGUAAGGAGGAGGUUUAGCACUGAGAGGAGAGAGCUACUGUGAGCACAGCCUUUCCUUGCAAAAGGAAGCCUCCCCCACUAAGCAGCGGCAUGAGAGGAAGCAAAGAAGCUAGGAUGCCUCGAAGAGAAAAAACGAGUUUUAUCCUAGAGCUUUGGAAACGGCAAGAGAGAGUUUGAAAAGGUGCCCAGAGUCUGCUGCUAACGAAAGCCUGCUUCUGUGGUGCCUACAGUCAGUAAGGGUGUUAAGGAAUCUCUUUUUGGCCUUUUCAGACAACAGCAGGAUGCCGAAUGAAGGGAGGGGGGAGAUGUAAGGGGGCUUAAUGCCCUACCCGCUGAUUCUCCCUAAUUUUAGUCAAAGUGUGGCCCUCCUAUAGCUUAAAAAACAGCAUCUAAGUGCCCAUCAUCAGAAACGGUCAAGAACCAUCCCCUUCCUCCGUUGUAAUCCCAGCGCUAGCAGGACGGAUGGAAGGACUGGACAACUCACGUGAGAAGCCGAGGGAAUAGGAUGAUGGAGGCAGAGAUUCCCAGGCCCGGAUGGAUGGGGACGACUCCUCGAGGUCGCGUUGAUGAGCUGCCGGGCCACGAAAAAGCCGUGACAGAGGCCGGGCUGGAGUCCCUGCGGUGGGGAGGAGGAGAAGAAAAAACGGCCGCUUCGCCUUGAAUUUGAGAAAGUGAUGGUGAAUUUUGAAAUUGGGAUGGAUUCAGGAACUAACUUCCACAAUUUACAGUUGCUGGGCCAUUAUGACUUGGGUCCACCACCACCCAUUGGAAGUUUUGGCCCGCCUUGUAAUGGGCUCACACCAGCCAAUCAGGAAUUCAGGAUACUUUAUAUUCAGGAAUACAGGAAAACCAACAAAGUGGAGUCAAGUACAUGCAGCAGCUUCAUGGGCUUGAAGGAUCACUUGGGGCAUGACCUAGGCCACCUCUAUGAGGACAGCACUGAGACUCAAACAAGUGCAAUUGCACCUUGGUCAAUGGGAGAGAAACCAGCAAUGGAUAAAGUUAACUCUAGGAAGGAGGAUGCUAACAAGGAGACUUCUGAAGAAACUGGAAGUUCCAGUUGUGAUUCCGAGGAAAGCACAAACUCCGAUAAUGAAUCGGAACAGCCAACUACAAUUGGAACAGAAUCAUGCUUCUUACCUAAGACUCGUAGACAACUGUGCAGGUCUCCUUGCUUAGAACCACAUAUAUUAAAGCGCAAUGAAAUCUUGCAAGACCUUAAGCUAGAGGAAGCUCAGAUAGUGUCUAAAGAAGUUAAGAAACCGCCUGACGUGGUGAAAGAAUAUCAAACCAAAUUGGAGUUUGCACUUAAGUUAGGUUAUUCUGAGGAACAGGUUCAACUUGUCCUGAAUAAGCUUGGUACUGAUGCUUUAAUCAAUGAUAUAUUGGGAGAACUUGUCAAACUUGGAAAUAAAACUGAGACAGAUCAGAGUGUAAGUAACAUUAACACUAGCAUAAUGCGAGAAGCAUCUUCUGUUGAGUCUCAGAGAUCUGACUCCCCCCUUCAGGGAGAUAUGCCAGUGGAUGGUGAUAACCUCAGACCUAUAGUUAUUGAUGGCAGCAAUGUGGCAAUGAGCCAUGGAAACAAAGAAGUAUUUUCUUGUCGGGGGAUAAAACUGGCAGUGGACUGGUUUUUGGACAGAGGCCACAAAGAUGUCACAGUGUUUGUGCCAGCAUGGAGAAAAGAACAGUCCCGACCGGAUGCUCUCAUCACAGAUCAAGAAAUCUUGCGUAAAUUAGAAAAAGAGAAAAUUCUGGUGUUCACCCCAUCCCGCCGUGUUCAGGGAAGAAGGGUGGUAUGCUAUGACGACAGGUUCAUAGUGAAGUUGGCCUUUGAGUCAGAUGGUAUAAUUGUGUCUAAUGAUAACUACAGGGAUCUUGCUAAUGAAAAGCCAGAGUGGAAGAAGUUCAUUGAUGAACGGUUGCUGAUGUAUUCAUUUGUCAAUGACAAAUUUAUGCCUCCAGAUGACCCUCUUGGCCGCCAUGGACCAAGUCUGGAUAAUUUUCUGAGGAAGAAACCUAUUGUUCCAGAACACAAGAAGCAACCAUGUCCAUACGGGAAGAAAUGCACUUACGGACACAAAUGCAAAUACUACCAUCCAGAAAGAGGAAAUCAGCCUCAGAGGUCGGUAGCUGAUGAACUUCGUGCCAUGUCUAGGAGCACAGCUGCCAAAGCUGCUAGUGAAGGGGGGUUGGUGAAAAGCAACAGUGUUCCCUGUAGCACUAAGAUAGAUAGCACUUUGGAUCUCAAGCGAGCUGCUCCAAAGAGGCAAUCAGAUCCUAGUAUAAGGACUCAAGUCUACCAAGACUUGGAGGAAAAGCUUCCCACCAAAAACAAAUUGGAAACCAGGUCUGUUCCUUCUUUAGUUAGUAUACCGAACUCUGCUGCUGCAAAACCCCAAAGUACUGCACCUUUAAGCAAUGGCCUUCCAUCUGGAGUUCAUUUCCCACCUCAGGAUCAAACACCACAAGGACCGUAUCCUCCAGUGCUGAUGGCAACCAAAAAUCACGGAACGCCAAUGCCUUAUGAGCAGUAUCCCAAAUGUGAGUCUCCUGUGGAUGUAGGUUACUACUCAAUGUUGAAUGCAUAUCCAAACCUAAGUAUCUCUGGUCCACAAAGUCCUGAAAGGCGUUUCUCUUUGGACACAGAUUACAGAAUAAGUUCUGUAGCUUCUGACUGUAGUAGUGAAGGGAGCAUGAGCUGUGGCAGUAGCGAUUCUUACAUAGGCUACAGUGACCGAUCCUACGUGAGCUCUCCUGACCCCCAACUGGAAGAGAAUUUAAAGUGCCAACAUAUUCAUCCCCAUAGCCACCUGACUUCACAGCCCUUCUUGCAGGGUUACCACGAUACACUAACCAGAGUGCAGAGUUACAGUCAUGAAGAACCAAAGCAUCAUCACAAAGCUCCACUUCCCUACAUGGCGAUACAUCUUCAGCAUCCUACUGUUGGCGCUCGCUCUAGUUGUCCUGGUGACUACCCAGCUCCUCAGAGCUCACAACACUCAAAGAGCAUGCAUCUAGGCAGAGCCCUUGUGUCCACAAGAGUAGAUAGCAUAUCAGACUCACGUUUGUAUGAUAAUUCCCCAUUAAGACAAAGAAAGUCAUACUCCGGCCAAGAUGGACUCAGCAGUUGGGAUAGACAAGGCUAUGGGACUGAUGCAUAUGGCUAUCGUCAAACUUACUCCUUGCCCAGUAACCCCACCCAGCCAUGUUACGAGCAGUUUGCCUUCCAAAGCUUACCUGAGCAACAAGAUCAGCCUUGGCGGAUACCUUACUGUGGAAUGCCUCAGGACCCUCCAAGGUAUCAGGAUAGCCGAGAGAAAGUCUACAUAAACCUGUGCAACAUUUUUCCUCCUGACCUUGUGAGAAUUGUUAUGAAAAGGAAUCCUCACAUGACAGACGCUCAGCAGCUGGCUGCAGCCAUUUUAGUGGAAAAAUCUCAGCUAGGUUACUGAUAACAUGAUGAUGACGCAUCUUUGUGGUGUCUAUUAGUUCAGUUUCAGCUGUAACGCUGAGGGAGGUUUGCUACAAUAGCAUGUGUGAUCUCCUUCUCAACAAGGAGAUUCUAUAGUAAUCCAUUUAUGUGAAAUACUGUGCCAUGGAAUCUGUAUGUACAACCCCAUGCGUUGGAAAUGACAGGCUUUAUUUUAAAUUAUCACUUGAAUUUUUUUAAAGUAUUCCUUGACUGGAAGAUCUUUCCAGUUUAAUAUAUUAUUAUUUUAUCUGUGGUGCAUUGGGGGUUUUAUAUGCAGCACUUUCUAAUGUUACGUGUUUAUUAAAUUAAUGUGUGUUUUUGUCCUUCAAGUGCAAAAAGUUUUCUAAAAAAAAAAAGCUGCAGAAAACUGAAGAGGAUUUUAUGCACCCAGCAAAUUUUUUCCCCAAGCCAAGCUUAUUAUGAACUCUUUUUAAAUUGCAAUUAAGUUAUUUUAUUUUAUUGUGUGAUCUUCUUUGUGUUAUAAUCAUUUUAUUUAUAGAAAACAAAGGUCUUUUACAGCACUGACUUUAUUUUUUUAAACAAUGAUUGAGUUACCAGUUUUAAUGUUGAAAUUGGUAACAAUAUAUUAGUACUUUAUAGUAUGGCACUUUUUUGUUUGGCUUUGGUUUUAAAUGAAAUUAUUUGUUGAGUACUGUAGAUUUUGGUGCAGGCAGAAGCAAUCAGUGACAGAGAAACCUGCCAUGAUUAAUUUAUUAUGUAGAAGGCAAAAGCCUAAUAUGCAGGUUUUGAAGAUGUUAAGCUUAUCCAACUCAUGCUGUCUAAAAUUAAGCUACUAAUAUCUCUGUUCAGGCAGUAAACUUGUCCAACUAAUGUACGCUUUCAUUCAUCAGAAAUGGCAAUGAAAUUGAGAUUUGUUUUUGUUGUCUCUUGCUCCUCUAAUUAAUGUGCAGGUAUACUGGACAAAAUGUUUUUUCAUAAAAAAACCCUGUUUUUAAAUGAAACCUAAUUGUUCUCAAUGCAAUUUUUGUAUAUAAGAUACUGUGUAUUUUUCAUGCUAUUUAUCAAGGCUGGCCUGAGAAGGUUUUAUUGUUGUGUUGAGGAAAUGCAACAUUUUUGUUAACUGCACUAUAGUAAUAGUAUUGUAGUUGAGAACAGUCCAUUCUUUUUGUAAAAUAAGAUAGAUGUUCUCAGAGUUAGUUUGUAUGGUCUGCUGUAUUAUGCAGGCCUGAUUCUUUCCACAAAACAACAUAGUUUUAGAAGCAGGCAGAAUUGUCUCUUCUAGUAUUAGAAAGGGAGAUUUCUGGUUUAUAAGUCGUGGGUUCUGCUAGCUCUUCUAAAAUGUAAUUUUACAUAGAUAGAAUAGUAAUAGAUCUUGCAGGCAGCAACUUACACUUAGAUGUCAUAAUCAGCUGCUUACAUGCUAGGAUUCCCUGCAGAAUGAUAUAUUGUGAUGCUUCCCUGAUUCAGCCUUCACCAACCUGGGGCCCUCUAGAUGUUUUGGUCUACAACUCCCAUCAGCUCCAACCAGCACGUGCUAGCUGGGUCUGAUAGGAGUUGUAGCCAAAACAUCUGGAGGGCACCAGAUUUACAAAGGCUGCCCUAGUCUAUAAUACUGCUGAUAGCUGGGUGCACUGUUGCAACCUGGAGACCCUGUAGAACCAGAAAGUUACCUUUUGCUGUUGAUACAAAUUGUAUCUUUAACUAUAAUAAUUAUUUUGAUUUAUAGAUCUAACGUUAAAAAACACACACACACAAAUGUGUAAAUAUAAUUUUAGUCUUUUGGGCAACAUUUUAUCCCUUAUUUUUUUAAAAAAAACCUCUGUAGAUUUCAAACCCCAAACUUGCAUAUAGGCAAAUAGUUGGGUUCUUACAAUGUGUACAGUAUUUUUCCCUAAUUUAAAUAUACCUCCCUUCUUCUCUAAAACAAUAUUGAGUCAGACCAGAUCUAAAAAUAAUGGUAAAAUGCUGCCUGAAAAGAAUGUCCAAACACCUUUUGAAUAGGAAAACAUUUUUCACUACUUUGCAACACUGUGUGUUGCAAGAAGUAGGAUCGUGGUAUACAGUAAAUGCUCCUGCAAAGCAUUGUGCUUAUAGAUGUAUCCAAUAAUCUGAACCAUGUUCAGCAACUUUAGUUCAGGAAUUGUUCUUCUACACAGCUUUCUCUGUUGAAUUGUGAGACAAGCUCUCAGUUCUGUUAAUUCAUCUCCCCCCCUGUGGGUGCCAUCUUACAUCCGCUUCAUCUUGCCUUAGGAAGAACUACUUGUCCUGCCAUUUCAUUUCUUCUCAACUUCAUUGUUUCUUGUCUAUACAGAAUGUGUUUUAAUAGAGAAGGUGUACACUUCCUGUGUAAGCCCCCCUCCCCGAAAUGAAUGUGGUUUGCACAAAAGCGCGACUCAUUUGUUAUAGUGGGCUUCUACAGGAAAGAUUCCUAGUGGAUGCUUUCCACAUGCAAUAGUUGAUUUGUGUGUUGUUUAUAGCCUAUAUUGUAACCUUGAAUUUUUAUUGACUUUUAUAGUCACGUGACCUAAAGUAUAAAUAGGUUCUUGCCGCUAGUGUCUGCAGAAUGCUGAAACAUCUGGAAUAGAAUCAUUUCAUACUUGCUGUUGGUUGGCUUACUGUGUCUUAUAUGUUUAUGUUUGAUCACAGCCUACAGACUGUGAAAAGGGGGUUGAUCAUGCACUAUAUACUACAAUGUGAAGUGAGCCACCUCCAUGUACGUGUAAUGCAACCUGUGACUGUGCUGGGCUAAAGAGCCCAGAACUCACAGGAGCUCUGUUUCAGUGUCUUCCUUGUGGUCUUUUGUUAUUGCCUUCUUUGGGCUUACAUCAUUAAAAGCUGAUGUAAAAAAACCCUCCGUUACACUGUGUUCUGCUGCGAGAGCUUUCCAUGUGUGCUUCUUUACAUUACAAGGAGCUCUAAGCUUUCCUUAGUAUGUCCUUUUCCUGAGAGGAGAGGGUUGCCCUGGCCCGUCCGCAGCUAUGUCAUCUCCUAAGCGGAUAAGUCUCAGUUGAUUUGGCGAAGACCAGAGGCAAUCCUUUCUGCAAUUCAAGAACUGUUUAACAGCUUCUCCAACAAGCAGUGUGCUUUUAAGUACCAGCGUUCAUUUUGUAAAACUGAAAGACAUGGAGCUAUUCGGCAGCUAUUACCAGCAGGCAUUUAGUCACUAGGCUGGUUCACAUUUUAACUGCAUUGUUUUAUGUACACCACCUACUAUUGACAACAGUGGCUCUUUAGAAAGAGAGGCUUUUCUCCUAUGAUGUACAGAAGCUCAGGACCUGCUGCCAUCCUCCUUCUCCUGGGUUUGCUCUUCCUAGAAUAUAUUUUUAAUAGGUUAAUGCAAUGGUAUGCCAGUGUGAACAAAGAAAAAGUGAAAAUGCUAGGAAGAUGUCAGGUCGGUUUUCUAUCAAUUUCUUCAUGUUGCUAUUGGGUGGGAUACAAACUCACACAAUACACAUGAGUGAAAAAGCAUAUCUACUUGCACAAGGGGAAAGGGGCACAUUUUCCUUUGGCAGAGGCGUUUUGUUCCUUGGGGAAGGCCUUUUCAGGGGGCAUAAAGGACAGCUGAUAGAACUGGAGACCUUCAAAGGCCCAUGGGUACCAGUUUGGGUACUGGCCAUUAUAACUGUACAAUUAAAAUAUGUGAUAUAUUAUUUUAGGAGGCUGCAAUUUGGCUUUGCUCUAAUUGAUUGCAACAGAUUAACGUUGGUAGGCUUAGUUCAACACUGAAAAUUUGAGCCGAGGCUUUUGUGUCUCCUUUAACACUGUGAGCAUUAGUAUUUGGAAGCACAUAACAGAAGAGAUGAAAAUAUUAUCUGGAUAUGUUUCAGUAUUUGUAAUUUAUGGACAGAAUUGUUUGUUUGCAUGUAUGUCAUUCUACAAUGUUGUAUUUAUAUCUUGUUAAACCACCUUGAAUUUUUUUUAGAUCUACAUAUGAUGACAAGGUGAAGCUUUUGUGCACACAUCACAUUAACACGUUUGAAGCUUCUUGCUAGGUUUUUUACCUCCUAAUAUAACUCCAAGUUCAUGAGAGUUUAACUCUGCUAGUUUGCUUGUUAGCCAGCUAUGACACUAUUAACCAUUUCCCACACAGUUCAUAUCUUCAGUGUUGUCCUUUUAUUGAUGAUGGGGGAAGGGGCAACAUUUCCUUUUGGCAAAAAAUUAGUUAUCCAGAGAAAGAGCAUGUAAUCAUAUUCACUCUGUUUUGUCUAUGCCUGUGACUAAUAUACAUUGAAAUACGACACUGCAGAAAAUAAAAAAUAACGUUGAUGACUUCUCGGCAUGGAUUAGGGCAGCUUCACUUUAAAAUAUUUUCUACUAUCCUGACAGCAAGAAUAUCCAGUUUCACAACUAUAGUAUUUUUGUUAAGUUCUUAAAUGGAACUGUAGCAAAUUGCUUCUUUUACCACCCUUUGCUACCCCUCCUUUUUCCCCAGCACUUAUUAUCUACUCAGAUACAUUUGUAUGGAAUGCAUAUUCCUCAGAUUGGAAAAUGGUGUUAUAG